GUAUGAUGGUGGCUUACUAAAUGAAACUUCAGUCCAACAUAUCGACUUAUGAGUUGAUAGAAAAGAAAGAGUGCUAAGGUUGAAGACUAAAUCGCCAUAAUAAGUAAUACUGUGAGAAUCUUUGACCUAUGUAACAAUCCUCUGCAACUUUUUCAAAAAAAGAAAAGAGUUGUGGUCGUAUGAUAUCCGACUGACCCUUUACCGAAGGUGAAGGCCAUGCAAAGGUCAAUGCCUAUUACUCUAUGUAUAAUAAACCGGUAACAUCUCUUAGGUCUACCACUACAGAGUAUACAAUAAACUGGCAACAUGUCUGAGGGAAAGGCUGAUAUAGCAUUGAUAGGAUUGGCUGUCAUGGGACAGAAUCUGAUUUUGAACAUGAAUGAUCAUGGCUUUACGGUUGUAGCCUAUAACAGAACAGUAGAAAAAGUUGAAAGAUUUUUAAAGAAUGAAGCUAAGGGGACUAAGAUUAUCGGUGCCAAAUCUAUAGAAGAAAUGGUCAAGUUAUUAAAGAAACCAAGAAGAGUCAUGUUAUUAGUUAAAGCUGGAAAACCUGUUGAUGACUUCAUUGAUCAAUUGGUACCAUAUCUAGAGAAAGGUGAUAUUAUGAUUGAUGGUGGGAACUCUGAUUAUACAGAUACAAAUAGAAGAUGUAAUGCUCUAUCUGGUAAAGGUUUAUUGUUUAUUGGAAGUGGUGUUAGUGGAGGGGAAGAUGGAGCCAGAUAUGGACCUUCACUUAUGCCUGGUGGGAAUCCACAAGCUUGGCCAGCUAUAAAAGAAAUAUUUCAGUCCAUUUCAGCUAAAGUUGGCAAAGAGCCAUGUUGUGAUUGGGUUGGAGAAGAAGGAGCAGGCCAUUUUGUUAAAAUGGUACAUAAUGGUAUUGAGUAUGGUGACAUGCAGUUAUGUUGUGAAGCCUACCAUUUAAUGAAGGAUGCAUUAGGCCUGACACAUCCAGAAAUGACUAAGGCCUUUGAUGAGUGGAAUAAAGGUGAAUUGGAAUCAUUUUUGAUAGAAAUAACUAGAGAUAUUUUACAAUUUAAAGAUAAAGAUGGAGACUAUUUAGUUGAGAAAAUAAGAGAUACAGCAGGACAGAAAGGCACUGGAAAAUGGACUGCUAUAUCUUCACUAGAAUUUGGGGUUCCUGUAACAUUAAUAGGAGAAGCUGUAUUUGCUAGAUGUUUAUCAUCAUUAAAAGAAGAAAGAAUUCAGGCAUCAAAACAUAUUAGUGGACCAAAAGAAACCAAAUAUAAGGGUGAUAAACAAAGCUUUAUUGAAGACAUCAGAAAGGCCUUAUAUGCAUCAAAAAUAGUAUCAUAUGCACAAGGUUUUAUGUUAAUGAGAGAAGCAGCUAAAGAGUUUAAAUGGGAAUUAAAUUUUGGAAGUAUAGCUUUAAUGUGGAGAGGUGGAUGUAUUAUUAGAAGUGUUUUCUUGGGUAAUAUUAAACAAGCCUAUGAUAAAAAUCCAGAGCUCAGCAACUUACUGUUAGAUCAAUUCUUUAUGAACGAAGUUCAAAAAUGUCAGGAAUCCUGGAGAAAGGUUGUUGCCACUGCAGUAACAUUAGGUAUUCCAACUCCAGCAUUUAGUACUGCUCUGGCAUUCUUUGAUGGUUAUCGCAGUGAACGACUUCCAGCUAAUCUUAUUCAGGCUCAGCGUGAUUAUUUUGGCGCUCACACAUAUGAAUUAUUAUCUAAACCUGGUGAAUUUGUCCAUAAUAAUUGGACAGGUCAUGGUGGUACAGUAUCUUCUUCUACAUACCAUGUUUAAAAAUUAUUAUAUCUUAAUAGCAUAAUAAUUACUACAUUAUAUUUCUGUCUUUAAAAUGAAAAACUCAGUACUGAAACUAAUC